CCGGAAGCGCGUCGGGCCGGCCGGAAGCGGAGGCCGGGAGGAGAAUGGCGGAGGUGGGCAGCGGGCGGGGGGGAACGGCGCGGAGAGGGCUCGGGGAGCCUCCCGAGGGCUUCCGGGAGCCUCCGGAAGGGUUCGGGGACCCCCCGAACCCCCCGCGGGGGUUUUGGGGCCCCCCCGGCCCUGACGAGGCCCCGCCCCCGCAGGGGGAGGUGUCCGAGGGCUGCCGCCUGCCCGUGCUGCGCCGUAACCAGGACAACGAGGAUGAGUGGCGUGAGGACAUGGGGACACGCGUGAAGGACAUCAGUGGGAGGAAGCUGUUCUACGUGCACUACAUCGACUUCAACAAGCGCCUGGACGAGUGGGUGACCCACGACCGGCUGGACCUGAAGCGGGUGCAGGUGCCCCGCAAGGAGGCCAAGACCCCCACCAAGAACGGCCUGCCCGGCUCGCGGCCCGGCUCCCCCGACAGGGACACGAAGCGCAAGGUGGAGGUGGUGUCCCCGGCCACGCCCGUCCCCGCCCCCACCGAGACCUCGCAGGCCUCCGUGUUCCCCCAGAACGGCUCCGCGCGCCGGGCGGUGGCGGCGCAGCCCGGCCGGAAGAGGAAAUCAGCGUGCCUGGGGACAGACGAGGACUCUCAGGACUCGUCGGACGGGGCCCCGUCGGCGCCGCGCAUGACGGGCAGCCUGGUGUCGGACCGCAGCCACGACGACAUCGUGACGCGCAUGAAGAACAUCGAGUGCAUCGAGCUGGGCCGGCACCGCCUCAAGCCCUGGUACUUCUCGCCGUACCCGCAGGAGCUGACGGGGCUGCCCGUGCUCUACCUGUGCGAGUUCUGCCUCAAGUACGGCCACAGCCUGCGCUGCCUGCAGCGGCACCUGACCAAGUGUGACCUGCGGCACCCCCCUGGCAACGAGAUCUACCGCAAGGGCACCAUCUCCUUCUUCGAGAUCGACGGCCGCAAGAACAAGAGCUACUCCCAGAACCUGUGCCUCCUGGCCAAGUGUUUCCUGGACCACAAGACCCUUUACUACGACACCGACCCCUUCCUCUUCUACGUCAUGACCGAGUACGACUGCAAAGGCUUCCACAUCGUGGGCUACUUCUCCAAGGAGAAGGAGUCGACCGAGGAUUACAACGUGGCCUGCAUCCUGACCCUGCCCCCGUACCAGCGCCGCGGCUAUGGCAAGCUGCUCAUCGAGUUCAGUUACGAGCUCUCCAAGGUGGAGGGCAAGACGGGCACCCCCGAGAAGCCGCUCUCGGACCUGGGGCUGCUCUCGUACCGCAGUUACUGGUCCCAGACCAUCCUGGAGAUCCUCAUGGGGCUCAAGGCCGAGGCGGGCGAGCGGCCCCAGAUCACCAUCAACAAUACCCAAUGUUACGAGCUCUCCAAGGUGGAGGGCAAGACGGGCACCCCCGAGAAGCCGCUCUCGGACCUGGGGCUGCUCUCGUACCGCAGUUACUGGUCCCAGACCAUCCUGGAGAUCCUCAUGGGGCUCAAGGCCGAGGCGGGCGAGCGGCCCCAGAUCACCAUCAAGGUCAGGUCAGUACAUCCUGACACACCUGUCUCUCACCUGUCUGUCCGUCUGUCCCCGCACAGGGGUCAGUACAUCCUGACACACCUGUCCGUCUGUCUGUCCCCGCAGGGUCAGUACAUCCUGACGCACCUGUGCACACCUGUCUCACCUGUCCGUCUGUCCGUCUGGUCAGUACAUCCUGACGCACCUGUGCACACCUGUCUCACCUGUCCGUCUGUCCGUCUGUCCGUCCCCGCACAGGGUCAGUACAUCCUGACGCUCUCCGAGGACAUCGUGGAGGGCCACGAGCGCGCCAUGCUGAAGCGGCUGCUGCGCAUCGACGCCAAGUGCCUGCACUUCACCCCCAAGGACUGGAGCAAGCGCGGCAAGUGGUGAGGCCACGCCCACCCCGUGGCCACGCCCACCCGGACACGCCCACCGGACACGCCCACCGGACACGCCCUGCCAGGCCCCGCCCUGCAGGACCACGCCCUGCCGGGCCACGCCCCUUGGGCUGCACCAUGCCUGGCCACGCCCCUGGCAGGCCACGCCCCGCCAGGCCACGCCCCCUCGUUAGCAGGCGCCGCUCAUUAAAGAACACCUGGCCCCGCCCACAC